AUGGCUUUGCCGCUUGACGGGUUCGAUACAUCGGUCGAUCCUGAUGACGGACAUGUCCUAGAAACCUCGAACUCUCCAUUCAAAUAUGUCGCAAACAAUCGCCUUAACAAACAAUGGAUUGACCGCUCCUUGGAGCUCUCCUAUCAGCGCUUGACCAGCAAGACGAUAAACCAUGACAUUUUCGAGUCCAGAGCAGAUUUUCUUUUAUAUGCGUUCUAUGCCCUCCACCUCAAUUCUAUUGCUUUGGAUUCAGAUUCCGCUGCUAAAAUCUCCUCGACCCUCGAAGAUCUUGCGAGAAACGCCAAAGACAUCCGGCAGAAUUAUCCUGGCGUGACUCCCUCACCCCAACAAAGAGAUGAUUUCUUUAGAAUGGUGGAAAGUGCACACCAUGACCUCUCGUGCUCUGGUUUAAUGAUCGCUGAGCCCGAUAUCAUAUGUACCCUCUUCGCUUCGAUAGUGUUUGAGGGAAGCAAGAAAUGUACGAUCUUGAGCCCCGAGCUAUGCUUCGAUACUUCAGUAGCAGAAUGGAAGAAUGAUUUAGGUUUCUACCUACUCCUCCUGGGUAGUCGCCCAAAGACAUAUACUCCCUUCCUACAGUGUGGGUAUGAUCUUCCCAAACACAAUCUUCUAAACCUAUGCAUGGCACAAAUCGAGCGAGCCAUCACAGAGAAGGAAAGAAUACAUCAAUCCCUAUCGACACGGCUUGAUGGUGGCUACGGAGGCGGCAACAACCAACCAGAUCCUGACGGGAACAAUCCAGACCGCACCCAAGAUCCUAAAGACGGACAGGGACAAGUUCGCGGGCCACAAGGUUUAGGAGGGUCAUCUUUCUCCCGAAGAAGUGGUGGCAACAACGCCAAUCCAUCAAUCGACGGCAGCUACAGCUGGAAGGUUCUGUUCAGGAAGUCCGUAAAAGCGUACUGCCUUUCAACAGCCUGCCAGUUUGGACACAGCAACCAAAACCGUACGAGUAGAAUGUCCUUCAAAACUAUUCAAGCUCGAGACUAUCUUCGUUUGGUACUAGACUAG